GGGGUUUCGUUUUAUCUGAUCUCGACACAUAUUCCCAAACGCAGGUACCUUAUGCUAUUAGGUAGGUACGUACUACUGGUAGUAAGACGACCUGCUCACGUAAUAAACAAUCCACUAACGCUCCUUCGUGAGGACCUCAUCACGGUCACAACUGCCAAACCUGCCGUGCUCUAGUCACCCAAUCCGAUCACCAUAUUUCGUGACGUUAAAGUAGGCACGGCUUUGCCGUCCAGAGCACUUGACACCAUAUCAUUGGCGAUUGCGCUGUUAUUGCUGGCGAAUUCAUUCCAUACCCUAGCUCUCAAGGCUGGUCCUUGAACAGGUUGUCGGUUGCCGCAAUGCCGUCGACCUCCGAAGUCAUUGCUUUGUUUGACUCUACCGCCAUUGCCCUCUUUCUCACAACUGUGGUUGUUUUUGCCAUUCCUGUAUUUAUACUAUUCCCGCCGAUACCAGUGGAGCACGGGGAUGCUCUCCAACAAACGCACAGCAAAGUCGGCAUACCAGCAUCUGAGAGCAAUCUCAGAAACCAGACAUCGCCCGAGCAUAACCACCAACCAGGCAAGGCAGGCAAGAUACAGAGCUUAUUGAUUUACCCCGUCAAGUCAUGUCGGGGCAUAGAGGUUACGAACAGCAAAGUCCUUGCCAAGGGGUUUGAGUUUGAUCGCCUUUUUACCUUUGCAAGGCAAAAGGCGAGUCGCACAACGCCUCUUGUGGCACCAGGAGAAGAAGCAGAACAGCCCAAUCAGCCGAAGAAGCCGCAAUGGGAAAUCCUCACCUUGCGGCAGGUCCCGCUGCUGGCGAAUGUCCAAGUCGAUCUGUGGCUCCCAGAUGCAAGCAAGGCUAGCCGCCAGCUCGGCAGAGUAGGCGGCCGAUUCAUUGUUGUUAGAUUUCCUUGGAAGGAUGCUGGCCUGAGGGGCAUGAUCCAGUGGGUAUCUGCCAAACUGAGCCGCGGCUUCAGCGGCAUCCCAGAAAAAGAGUUUAUGCUAUCAAUUGAUUUCCCACCCCCCAGCGAGAUUAAAACCAGAGGCUACCAGUAUGAAGAUACGCGGUUCUUCGAUAGCACUGUUCAUGCCCUGAAUUUGAGAAAUGAGGUGCCCCUUGAGCUGGGUCGCUAUCUGGGAGUUAACGUGCCAAUGACCAUCUUCAUGAGCGACCCAGCUCAACGGAGGGAAGUCUUCAGAAACGCACCUCGCAAAGAGGACCUUGGAUACCAGCCCUUGGCCGACUUCCAGGAUGUGUAUCCACUGAAUGUUCUUAGCCUGACGAGUGUCCGCGCUUUGGAGUCCAAAGUGCAGAAAGACGACGGGCUCAAGUUCCUGGACGCGCGCCGUUUUCGCCCGAAUAUUAUUGUAUCUGGUCUCAAAGAGUACGACGAGGACGACUGGAGACGGAUUGAGUUCUCACAGCCUUCCCAAAGCGCCACGACUAAGGGUCUGAAGAGUCACUUUGACGUCUCAGGCCGCGCAGUUCGGUGCAAAUUGCCAAAUGUCGAUCCAGCCACCGGGAUUCGACACAAAGUGGAGCCCGAUAAUUCGCUCAGGAAGUACCGCGAAAUCGAUGGAGGCGCUCCAGGGAAGGGUUGCUUCGGAAUGCAGCUGUGUCCCAUAUUUUCAAGUACAGACAAGCCAGAGGACAUGGAGUUGUCACUAGAGGUGGGUAUGGAGAUUAAGGUUCUGGAACGGGGCCAGCACUGGGCUUUGUAAGUUAGUAGUAAGAAGAGUUGUAGUAGCCUGAGUUGCGGUGGCAAAGAUGGAUCUCAACGAGAGGGGGGGACGGAAUUGAGCUAUAAACUUGAGUGACGAAUGGAGUCGCUCGUAAAAAAAAAAAAAUAGAUAAAUAAAUAAAAGUCGUUCAA